CCCGUCCCACGUGCACGACACACAGCAGCUCGGCAACAUGGCGGCGUGCAGCGUGGAAGCGCUGCUAGCGAAAGCGGAGCGAGACGAGGCCGAGAAACUGAAGAGCAUCUCGGUCCACAAGGAGCUGGACCUGGAGUUCGACAUCGGCAACCUGCUGGCGAUCGACAAGAACCGCAUCGAGUCCCGCGACUUCCGCGAGCAGAAGAAGGAGGACUUCCUGCGGUCGCUGGCGCGCGACAACACGCAGCUGCUCGUCAACGAGAUCUGGAAGCAGCCGUCGGAGAGAGUCGACGAGGCGAUAGUGACCAAGCUGCCGGAGCCGGUGACCGCGCUGCCCCGCGAGAAGCCGCCGCCGAAGCCCAGGGCGCCCACCAAAUGGGAAGAGUUCGCCAAGCUGAAGGGCAUCCAGAAGCGGAAGAAGACCAACUUGGUGUGGGAUGAAACCGCGAAGGACUGGCGGCGGCGCUGGGGCUACCAGCGGGCCAAGGACGACACCAAGGAGUGGCUCAUCGAGGUGCCGGUGACCGCCGACCCCAACGAGGACCAGUUCGCCAAGCGCACCGCGGCCAAGAAGGAGCGCGUGGCCAAAAACGAGUUCAAGCGGCUGAAGAACAUCGCCCGGGCGCAGAAGGUGAAGCUGCCCGGCGUGGGGCUCCUCCCGCGGGCCCAGCAGCCCAAAGAGGACCUGGCCGUGGCCGUGAGCGUGGCCAGAACCUCCACGGCGUCCAUGGGGCGGUUCCAGGACCGCCUGCCCAGGGAAAAGCCCCCGAGGAACACGGGCAAGAAGAGGAAGUUCGAGCCCAACAUCGGGGACUUCUCCGGCGAGAAGAAGAAGCAGCUGGAGAUGCUGCGGCUGAUGGGCAGCAAGGCGCCCAAGCUGGACAUCAACAGGGCCGUCGCCAAGCAGAUCCGAGAGGAGAACCGGGAGGAGGCCGUGGCCAAAUACAAGAAGGGGGGCAAGAAGGGACGCCAGGGCAGCAUGUCGGGGAAGGGUGGGAAGGGGAAAGGAGGCCAGGGGGGUAAGGGGAAAGGAGGCCAGGGGGGUAAAGGAAAAGGAGGCAAAGCAGGAGUAGGAGGAGGGGGGAAGAGGAGAGGCAAACCUGGGAAGCAAUGAGGACUCUGUGUCCCGCUCCAACAGUCGGACUGGACAUAAAAGAUGCAACAUGCAAAGAUGACAUUUUGAUUCAUGUCUGUGAAUGAGGGGUUGUGGCUGACUGUCAUCUGUGAGCCUCCGUCCCAGCGUUCACGGAGGUCGGCCUGUUUUGAUAUGUGUGAUUAUCAUUUUGAAAAUUAAAAUCAGUAUAUUCUGUU